AUGACGUGUGACACGUCCAGGCCUUGUCGCCGAUGUAUCCAACGUGGAUUACAGGAUACUUGUGAGGAUGCUCCUCGGAAACGAAAAAAGUAUUUGUCAGACGUACCUCCAUCUCUAAUACAGCCACAUCUCAAUGGAGAGGAAGGUGGCCCUAGUAACGCUGUCCUUGGAUCGAAUAGACACCAGCCAUUAUCAAACGGGCAGUAUUUUCAGGCAACUUUGUUUCAGCAAAGUAACUCGCUUCCUAAUUACAUUGCUCAUCGGUCUACCGACCUAACUAAGGCUCCUACUGUUCCUGGAUUAGUAAAAGCCGAGCAGCCUGAAGGAUAUUCUGGGGAAACUUACGACAUGCCAAAUCGAUUUUAUCCUCGAGAAAAUGGUAUAACGAAUCCUCUGGACUUGGCGAGUGACCGCCAUCAAACCCUGAGUAUCAACAAACAAAGCACUGGCGAUCACCAGUAUCCAGUGGCAGUACCCAUUUUACCUCCGCAGAAUAAUGGCCAAGUAAGAGACGAGAAUACUGUUUCUGCAGAAUUAGAUCCAGGACAUGAUGCUAACUACGGUAAUAAAAGAAAUGGGAUUCAAAGGAAACGUACCAACUUCCUCUCGUCUGCCGCAGACUUGGAAUACUCUACUUUGUCAAGCAUACUUCAGGAUAACUUCAUGAAUCUCAAUCCAAAUCCUCUGGCCACAUCUACAGAAGGUACACCAAACUCAAUGAACUUAUCUCCGGCACUUUCCCCGCACGUCAUUGACCAUAAAGUGAACUCUCCCUCUUCUCUUGCAUCAACCUACUAUGCGGGCAAUUCGACUACAAGAAUGCAAACAGAAGCCCACAAUGGGAAUAACCGGUCUUAUAACGGUUCUGAGGCUCCUCCUUGUGAUCCUACGAUUAAUCAAUAUUUCUUAGGUUCAAGACGAACAGAUUACAGCCCAUGCUUCCCAGAGGUGAUGAAGUACCUUGAAAAAUUGAGCGCGAGCGAUCCCGCAGCAUACUAUGCUCGUAAUUCUCAGCUGAUGGUUUCCUUCGCCAUCAGUAUGUCUCUCGAAAAUUCUGAUGAUCAUGAUGAGAACCUACCGUUCCGAGAACCAGAGGAAAUCUAUGCUCGGAUAAGCAAACCAUUCUCUUACACUCCUGGAUUCCACAAGUUAAUUGCUUAUCUACGAAAUCGAUUUCCACGUGAAAUGCUUGUGAAAAUGGCUAAAUCAAUGGCUGUGUAUCGGCCUUCCUUUAUUGCAUGCACAAAUUCGUUACGUGAAGCCGACUUAAUUUUCAUGGAACAGUGUUUUCAGCGGACUUUGCUCACGUACGACAACUUUAUCAAGGUGAGUGGGACACCAACAAUUGUGUGGAGAAGAACAGGCGAGAUUGCAUACGUUGGCCGCGAAUUUACGGUGCUUACAGGCUGGACUCAAGAACAACUUAUGGGACAAAAGCCAAUGUUUAUAGUAGAGCUUCUAGACGACAAAUCUGUGGUUGAAUAUUUCGAGCUCUUCUCUCGAAUCGCCUUUGGUGAUUUUCUUGGUGCCACCAUGACUGAGUGUACAUUACUCACCCCAGAAAAAGAUGUCAAGAUUCGCGCAGGUUGCAUUUGGACGCUAAAAAGAGAUGUGUUUGGCAUUCCAAUGAUGAUCAUAGGCAACUUCUUGCCCAUAGUUUAA